AUGUCCUGUGAGUUUUCUGGAAAAAAGCAAAGCACUCUGUCCCAAAAAAUCCUUUAUAAUCAGAAAGUAAAACAAGAUUUAAUAUGUAAAUUACUUGAAUUUAUUAGAUGUCAUGAUUCCACAUCCUUACCGAAUUCUAUAUCUAGCAAAUAUAUUUCAGAUAUUCCAGUUGACGCUAACAUAACUUCAGGUUCUGUAUCUCAUUUAGCUCAUUUAUUUGACAAGGCUGAAAAAACUGGUUGGAAAGAAAAAUUACGAUAUUCUGAAAAUAAUAUUAGUGAUCAAAUGGCAAGAAUGCAGAUUUAUGAUGAAAUGGAGCUGUAUCUUUCCGAAGGAAAACAAAAAGGCCUCCCAUCAGCAGAAACUAGAGGAGGGCAAUUACCUGAAGCACAACAACCUUUGGUGAAAUAA